ACUACAUUUCCCAGGAUUCAAAGCGGUUUUUUCAGGCAGCGUUAGAAGUGUACAUGGCCUUUCAUUUAAAACCACACCGGCGACGUUUUAAAUCAACAUUUAAAUAGCUGUCAUGGUGAUGAAGUCAUCAGUAGAAGAGGAUGAUGCUGGCUGGGGACUAGGAAUCCCAGACAAGAUGAAAAAUAAUGCAAACUGGGUGGAUGUGACACAGGACUUCAAGGGGGCCUGUAGAGAGCUGAAGCUUGGAGAGCUGCUUCAUGACAAGCUCUUUGGCCUGUUUGAAGCCAUGUCUGCUAUUGAAAUGAUGGACCCAAAGAUGGAUGCUGGAAUGAUUGGGAACCAGGUCAACAGGAAGGUGCUCAACUUUGAACAGGCAGUGAAGAGUGGAGCCAUCAAAAUCAAGGACUUGAACUUGCCAGAGCUGAUUGGGAUAAUGGACACUUGCUUUUGUUGCUUGAUAACCUGGCUUGAAGGCCAUUCUUUAGCCCAGACGGUUUUCACCUGCCUGUACGUUCAUAACCCUGACUUGAUUGAGGACCCUGCCAUGAAGGCGUUUGCGUUGGGCAUUCUGAAAAUCUGUGAUAUUGCUAGAGAGAAAGUCAAUAAAGCUGGUGUCUUUGAGGAGGAGGAUUUCCAGGCAAUGACAUAUGGUUUCAAAAUGGCAAACAAUGUGACAGAUUUGAGAGUUACAGGCAUGCUGAAAGAUGUUGAAGAUGACUUACAAAGAAGAGUAAAGAGCACAAGAAGUCGCCAAGGAGAAGAAAGGAACCCAGAUGUUGAACUUGAACAUCAACAGUGCUCUGCGCUUUUUAGCAGAAUUAAGUUCACACGCUUACUGCUGACAGCUUUAUUAGCAUUUACGAAAAAAGAGACUAGCUCAGUUGCUGAAGCUCAAAAGUUGAUGAUACAAGCAGCAGACAUACUUUCAGCUCUCCACACUUCUAUCCAUCAUGGCAUCCAGGCACAAAAUGAUACUACGAAAGGGGAUCAUCCAAUAAUGAUGGGAUUUGAACCUCUGGUUAAUCAGAGGUUGUUACCUCCAACCUUUCCUCGCUAUGCCAAAAUCAUUAAAAGGGAAGAAAUGGUCAACUACUUCACCAAACUAAUAGAGAGAAUAAAAACUGUCUGUGAGGUUGUUAACACUACAAAUCUUCACUCCAUACUGGAAUUUUUCUGCGAGUUCAGUGAACAGUCCCCUUGUGUGCUCUCUAGGUCUUUGUUACAAACAACUUUCUUGAUCGAUAACAAAAAAGUCUUUGGGACGCAUCUAAUGCAAGACAUGAUAAAGGAGGCUUUAAGGUACUUUGUGAGCCCUCCUGUUCUUUCAGCAAAGUGCUGCUUAUAUAACAACCAUCAGGCCAAGGAUUACAUUGACUCAUUUGUUACACACUGUGCACGGCCAUUCUGCAGUCUGAUCCAGAUCCAUGGCCACAACAGGGCUCGACAGAGAGACAAGCUGGGGCACAUUCUGGAAGAGUUUGCCACCCUACAGGAUGAGGCAGAGAAAGUGGAUGCAGCUCUCCACAGUAUGCUCAUGAAACAGGAACCCCAGAGGCAGCAUCUGGCAUGUUUGGGAACCUGGGUCCUUUACCAUAGCCUGAGGGUCAUGAUCCAGUACCUCCUGAGUGGUUUUGAACUGGAACUCUACAGCAUGCAUGAAUAUUACUACAUUUACUGGUACCUAUCUGAGUUUCUCUAUGCAUGGCUGAUGUCAACACUGAGUCGAGCUGACAGCUCCCAAAUGGCUGAGGAGAGGAUUACGGAGGAGCAACAGAAGGGCCGCAGCAACAAGAAGUCGAAGAAAAAGAAAAAGGCCAGGCCCCUGAGCAGAGAAAUCACAAUGAGUCAGGCCUACCAGAAUAUGUGUGCUGGAAUGUACAAGACCAUGAUUGCUUUUGAAAUGGAUGGAAAAGUGAGGAAACCAAAAUUUGAGCUGGAUAGUGAGCAAGUGCGAUACGAGCACCGCUUUGCCCCAUUUAACAGUGUUGUAACACCCCCACCUGUGCAUUACAUACAGUUUAAGGAAAUGUCUGACCUCAAUAAGUACAGCCCUCCUCCUCAAUCCUCGGACCUCUACAUGGCAGCCAGUAAACACUUCCAGCAGGCCAAGAUGAUCUUGGAAAACGUCCCCAAUCCAGAUCCAGAGGUGAAUCGAAUACUGAAAGUGGCAAAACCCAACAUUGUGGUGAUGAAGUUGCUUGCAGGAGGGCACAAAAAGGAGACAAGGGUUCUGCCAGAAUUUGAUUUUUCAGCACAUAAAUACUUUCCAGUGGUCAAAAUAAUCUAAGAGGAUUGAUGAAAUUUUCCUUUAAGUAACAGCCAACAGAACUGGAAUGGAACUUUUGUCAAUGUUUAUCCUGCUGCAGUGUCUUCACAAUACCAAAUAAGAUAAAAGAUGCAGAUUUGCAGUUAAUGUGAUGUUUAGUUUUUUCAAAAGCAGUUAAAAUGUUUGAUAUUUGAUUUAUUUUACCUCUGUUUGUCACCAAUUUUUAAUAGCAUAAUUAAAGUAGACUUUUGGAUUAUAAAAGGAAAUACAGCGUGGUUUUAUUAAGAUCAUUCUUACUGUCACACGUCCAACCAAUGGUGGUCUGUAAGCAGCAGUAUACAGGAUUUGCAUUCUCUGGCCUGUUCUCUUUGCUUGUCUAAAGACAGAAAUGAAUGGAAACAGAUGAGUAUUGGCAUUUGUUGUAUUUAACAUUGUAAUUUAAGCUUGUAUUAUACAAGGAAAUAAACACCCACUAUAUGUGAUUUUUUUAACAUGUGAAAUUUGUGAAAUUUGUGGGUUGAUCAGUGUGUAGAAGUAUUGUUCUAUACAUUUUUUACAAUAAAAUGUAAAAAUUC